AUUGGGAGGACGGAGUCUUAACCAUUGGACCACCAGGGAAGUCCCGAGAACCACUCAGAUGUUCUAGUUUGUGUGUGUAAGGAUGGAGAUGCCAAAGUCUAGGUGAGAUACAAACAAGAGGAGCAGGAACAGGGUUCAUUGAAAAAUCCUUAGUGAUAUUGACAUGUUUCAAGUGACAUAAAUUAGCCAAUGACUCGGAAUGAUGGAUUCCCCGAAGAUUGGAAAUGGUUUGCCAGUGAUUGGACCAGGGACUGAUAUAGGGAUAUCUUCACUCCACAUGGUGGGGUAUUUGGGAAAAAAUUAUGAUUCAUCUAAAGUGCCGUCAGAUGGGUAUUGCCCUGCUUGUAGGACGAAGGGAAAGUUAAAAGCCUUAAAGACUUACCGAAUUAGUUUUCAAGAAUCUGUCUUUUUGUGUGAGGAUCUGCAGUGCAUCUAUCCCUUGGGCUCUAAAUCACUUAAUAACUUAAUUACUCCUGAUUUAGAAGACUGUCACACUCCAAAUAAGCCUCAAAAAAGAAAGAUCGUGGAAACCAACUAUAAAGAUUCAUCUCUUUUAGCAAAUUCCAAAAAGACUAAAAAUCAUAAUGGUAUUGAUGGUGAACAAGUUUUGAACAGUAAACAUAAUGAAGAAGAGUAUGAUGAAACCUCAUCAGACUUACCUGGUUUACUACACGGUGGUCAACAGAAUCCAAUUAGGACAACUGAUUCCUUGGAGCAGAAUGAGAUUUUGGAAGCUGAUAUUGUUGACAUGCCUGCUGAAGAAGAUUCUACUAUGGUUGAUGUUUCUGGAACUGGAGGGACUUCCCCUCAAAAUGAAGGAUGCACGUCUGAACUGGAAAUGCCGUUGGAGAGCAAGCAUACCUCAUUUUGCCAGACUUCAUGUGUCCAAUGGAAAAAUGCACAUGCUCUCUGUUGGUUAGACUGUAUCCUGUCAGCAUUGGUGCACUUGGAAGGGCUGAAAAACACUGUGACUGACCUAUGCUCUAAAAAGGAGUCUGUGUUCGGUCGGUUGUUUACCAGGUAUAAUCAAGCCAAUGAGUUUCUGCACACCAGUCAGUUGGAUGGAGUUAAAGAUGGAGAUUGUAAAAAACUUCCUUCUGAAAUAUUUGCAAAGAUAGAGACCUGUCUGAAUGAAGUCAGAGAUGAUAUUUUUAUUAGGCUUCAGCCUCAGCUUAGGUGUACAUUAGGUGAUAUGGAAAGCCCUGUGUUUGCAUUUCCCCUGCUCUUAAAAACAGAACCCCACGUUGAGAAGCUCUUCACAUAUUCUUUUUCUUGGAAUUUUGAAUGUUCACAGUGUGGACACAAAUAUCAAAACAGUCCCAUGAAAGACCAGCCAUCACCUUCCAUCAGCCUUCCACACGUGAGCUGUCCCAGCCGUCCUUUCUACUCCCCUGAUGCCUCUAGAUGUAUGAAGAAUCUGGUCACCUUUACAAACGUCAUCCCUGAGUGGCACCCAGUUAAUGCUGCCCAUUUUGGUCCAUGUAAUAAUUGCAACAAUAAGUCACAGAUAAGAAAAAUGGUAUUAGAAAAAGUCUCUCUCAUAUUCAUGUUGCACUUUGUGGAAGGCUUACCGCAUAAUGACUUGCAGCACUAUUCAUUUCAUUCUGAAGGCUGUCUUUAUCAAAUAACUUCUGUAAUUCAGUACCAAGCAAAUAAUCAUUUUAUAACAUGGAUUUUAGAUGCUGAUGGAAGUUGGCUGGAAUGUGAUGACUUAAAAGGCCCAUGGUCUGAAAGGCAUGAGAAAUUUCAAGUUCCUGCUUCAGAGAUACAUAUUGUUAUCUGGGAAAGAAACACAUCCCAAACGACAGAUAAAGCACCUGCCUGCUGCCCACUUAAAAAGACUUAUGAUCAACACGCUUUCGGAGAUGAGAAUCAAGUAUCUCCAGCAUUGUGUCCUGUAGGUGGUGUUGCCUCAGCUGAAAUGUCCUCAGGAACUCACCCCACAAAGGUGUCCGUUGCUCCUAAUACUCUUUCACAGGAUGAAGCCGUAACUUUUGAGCAUCAUUUAUUUUCAGGUCCGAAAGGUUUGGUCGACAAGAGUAUUUCACCUUUGGCAUUUGAAGAAAUACAGGUUAACUCUGAAGGUUUUUUAUUAGAAAAUAAACCUGUGGCAGAGAAUGCAGGGGUUGUCAAGACACAUACUUUGCAAUCGCAGGAGUCACUAAUGGCUUCUUUAGUAUCGGCUCCAUGCGAGGACGAGCUUACCCAAGACCAGUUUGUGGAUUUAAGCUUUUCAUCUCAACUUGUAAAUACAAAUGUGCCAUCAGUACAGCUGAAUACAGAAGAUACUGUAGUUACUCAGCCUGUGAAUGAUAUUCGUGCUACUGACCUUACACAGAGAGUAAAGUCAGUAGAAACUGAGGGUACAGUUGCCCUAGAGAAGGAUGCUCCAUCGAAACAACUUCUUUUACCAAAAACUGAGAAAUUAAAACCAGAACAACAUGUUACAUCUCAGGUGUCUGAUUUGAAGGAAAAAGAAACUGCAGCAUCUUCUCAAACCAUAACAGCUAAGCCGUCACAGAAUCCAUUUCUGAAAGAAAAUCAGAAAAAACCAUUUGUGGGAAGCUGGGUUAAAGGCUUACUAAGCAAGGGUGUUCCUUUUAUGCCGUUUCGUGUUUCAGCUCAUAAUAGAAACACUGUGACUGAUUUGCAGCCUCCAGUUAAGGGGGCAAGUAAUUUUGGUGGCUUUAAAACUAAAGGUACAAAACAAAAGGGUAACUGGGCAUCCAGGGAAGCUCAUAGGUGUACAAGUAAGCCUCCUCCAGUUAGUAACCCUGCACCAAGCCAUCCAUCUCCAGUCAGCACAGCUUCUCUCCCUGCUAAUGGUUAUGGUGAUUUGGAAGUUUUGAAGAAAUGUGAAAACGCCUCAUAUGGAGCUCACCUCAACCACAAUUCUCAUGGAAAUGAAAAUGGUGUUUCUUCAGCAAACCAUGGAGACUCAGUUGAGGGUCAGAUUCAUAAACUUCGUCUAAAACUUCUUAAAAAACUUAAGGCAAAAAAGAAGAAAUUAGCUGCCCUUAUGUCUUCCCCCCAAAAUGGAACACUUCCAAGUGAAAAUUUAGAACCUAUGUCCCAUUGUGGAUCUCCAAAUGAUUGUGAAUCUCCAAAUGAUUGUGAAUCAAUAGAAGACUUGUUAAAAGAACUACAACAUCAAAUUGAUAUUGCCGAUAGUAAAUCUGGAUGCGCCACAGUUCCUAGUGUUUCCUCAUACAGUAGUCAAACUCAUGAAGAAAUCUUAGCAGAAUUACUGUCCCCUACAACUGUUGUUUCAACAGAGCUCUCAGAAAAUGAGGAGGCUGACUUUCGAUACUUAGAAAUGGGAGAUAAUCAUAUCCCAGCACCAGUACCUAAUGAAUUAAACAAUAUUCCCCAAGACAUACAUCUGAGACAGGACCAUAAUUACUGCAGCCCUACCAAGAAAAAUCAAUGCAAAGUUCAGCCAGACUCACUCACAAAUAAUGCCUAUGUUACGACAUUGAACUCGGAAAAUCCCAUGAAGACUGAUAUUUUUGAUGAGUUUUUUUCUACUUCCGCGUUAAAUUCUUUAGCAAGUGACACAUUAGACUUCCCUCAUUUUGAUGACUAUCUGUUUGAGAAUUGUUGAAUGCUUGUUAACUCUUUUUAGGUUAAUAUUUAUUAUUACUCUUGGAAAAAUUUACUAUGUUUUUAGGUAGUGUUUACACACUGGCCUUGUCAUGAACAAAAUGUAAGCUACUGAAGGUUUUACCUUUGGUUAUGCCCACAAAGCAUAUGAUCUGUUUCACAAGUUUAAAUGAUGAAGAAUUUGUUCUCCUUGUUGGCUUCAUUUUGUGUUUGUAGGAGAAUGAGGAUUUCAAAAUGUUAAAAAUGAAAAGUAGUUUAUAGUUUCUGGCAGUUUGUACAGUUGGGUACAUUAAAUUUCUACAUUUUAAAUUUUAGUUAUGUUGGUUCAGGCAAAACACUAGUUGAUACAAACUUAAGUCAGUGUAUAUGAUACGUGAACACAUGACUGUUUUGCUAAGGGUUUUGUGGUCUUACAUAAGAGCCUAAGCCUGUCUCUUCUACCAGUAGAGUGGUGUAGAAUGUAAGCUCCCCUCAUACAACUUGUUUCCUCUUUCUCUCUUUACAAAAGAUGGCAGGAAACUUGUUACUAGAACUUUAUAUAAUGUUAGGUGAUCAAAAAAAUGAUCUGUAACAGGAAAAAGUAACCUAUUUUUGUGUUGAUGUGCUAAGAGUUUACAUUAUAAGUAUCAUCUUUCUCCCCCAAGACAUUUAUUUCUGUAACCAAAGUGGGACACCAUCUAACAGUUAUAUUUUGGGAGAAAUAGCAGUGCAUGUAAGGCUUGCCUAUGUUGGAUUCUACUGUAAAUGAAACAUUAAUUCAUUUAAACCUCAGCAUUCCUAUGAGCAAGGUACUCUUAUCACUUUUAACAGAUAAGGAAACAGCACAGAACUAGUAAGUUGUAGAGCUGGGAUUGAGUAUAGAGUGGUUACUACAGUGCUUGAACUUAACAUAUGUUCUACCUCUAGCUUCAUUUAAAGUUUGGGUGCCCAAACAGCACCACUGCUCUAGUGAUUUGAGUUAGUAGCAGGGUUACUAAGGUUUGAAGGUGGCGGUCUUGGGGGAGAAUACUUUGCUAGGGACUCAGUACUGCAAAAAUGAUUUGUCAAAAUUACUCCCAAACCUCCCCCUCCCUUUUUUUCUGAUUGCAAAAUAAAAAGUCAUGUUUAUUGUAAGGAAAAACUGGGAAAAUACAGGAAAACACCAAGAAGAUUUCGGAGCAUUCAUCUUAACACUUAGUGGUAAUAACUACUGCAAACAUUUUCAUAUUUUUAUGCAUUUAGACUUUAAGACAUAAAUAUGAGAUUCUGUUGUACCUAUUUGUUAAUGAUCUGUGUUAAUGUUUAAUGAGCAUUUUUCCAUCUUAGUUUUUGACAACUUUUGGAUAGCUAUAUAAUGUUACCUUGUGUGUAUUACCAUUGUUUCACCAAUUUAUAUUUUGAGGUGAUUUGUAUUGUUUUGUUAUUGUUAAUUAUCCUUAUUGAUAAAAAUUUUCACAGAUCCAAGUUUUAUUUUCUGGGAGUGGAAUUUCUGGGUCAAAGAAUAUGCACUUUUUUACAGUCUUUUAAUGAUUGUUUGCAUGGCUUUGCUGAACCCUCACCAACACCAGGUAGUAGCAUUGAAGGGGGAAGAAACCUUGGCUGGUUUUGGUUACAUUUCCAUGAUUAUUAGUGAGGUUGAAUAUUUUCUGUAACUUUAUUGGCCAGUUGAGUUUCUUUGAGGAAUUGCUUAUCCAUCCUUUACUUGUUAUUAAUUAUUUAUUCAACUAUUUCUAGAUUUCUGCUGAGUGCCAAGCACUGUUGUAAACCUCAGACAU